UUAUUAUUCAAGGAAAGAAGCUAAAAUUUAUUCUGUGGCCAAAAAUAUAAAAAGAAACCGAAACAAAGUGUUAAGAAUUUUGAGUGAAACUGGUCUAAAGCUACAAACAACAACUGUGUAUUGAAAAAGGCCAGAAGUACAACAUUCAUCUUGUGAUUCCCGUAUUAAAGUGUAAGAAUUAUGAGAUUUUCAAUAGCAAGUGCUGGCAUAAUUCUAACAUGUUUAACUGUCAUCUCUAUGGCUGCACCACUAGACACAGUGGAGACUAAAACUCCGGUCAAUUUAAUCAAAUAUGAAAACUCCAAUAUUGGCAUAGAUGGUUAUGAUUUUGCUUUUGAAACAAGCGAUGGUGUGUCCCGCAAGGAAAAAGCCACCGUUAAAAAUAUCGGCACCGAGGAUGAGGCUAUUUCUGUUGAGGGUUCGGUUAGUUGGGUUGGUCCCGAUGGUGUUCAGUAUACUUUGAAUUAUUUGGCCGAUGAAAACGGUUUCCAACCAGAGGGUAAACAUUUACCUGUUGCCCCGGAACUUUGAUUUUAUUAUUUGUUAUUAUGAUGUUCUUGUGAAUUUCUAGUCUAUAUUAUGUUUA